AUGUCAAUAGCAAAAUUAUUUGUAAAAGUAUUUGGUGUGGAUAUUUUCGAACAGAUUAGUACAACACAGAAACAAAAGCCAGAGGAUGAGGAUGAUGAAGCCGGGUGCUCCGCCACACAAGACACGCCAAAGCAGCCAAAAGUGGAUGAAAUGAAAUUAUCUGACCAAAUGGUCAUUGUGCGGAAUUGGUUAAACGAACGGCUCAAUGUCAUCGAAUCAAAUAGUACAGAAGCGACGAAGACGCAACGCAUCGAUAUGGCCUCUAGGCUUGGUCCAGAGCACACCAUUUGUGAUAUUGAUUUUACAUCGACAGUGCGAAUAUCGGCCGAUAGGCUAUCGCUGCGUUCACAGGGUAGUUUUAAUACCAUAAAGGCCAAUGUUUGCGUUUAUGGUGGGCGUUGGAUGUAUGAGGUACUUUUGCAUAGCAAAGGUGUUAUGCAAAUUGGUUGGUGCUCUAACAAAUGCACUUUUAAUGAGAACAGCGGAGUAGGCGAUACAAAAUGGAGCUAUGGUUAUGAUGGAAGCAAGCAACAAAUAUGGCACAUUUCUACAUCGAAGUAUGGCGACAAAUGGCAAAUUGGUGAUAUUAUCGGUAUAAGCAUAGAUGUUGACAAUGAAAGUAUUGAAUAUUUUCGCAAUGGAAAUUCGAUGGGCGUCGCUUUCAGUAAAUUGGAACGUGGGCCUGGAAUUUCAUUUUUUCCCGCCGUUUCACUUGGUUACAAUCAGGGUAUCCAAGUAAAUUUUGGAAAUAUGCCCUUUAAAUAUCCUGUUGAAGGAUUUCUGCCAAUUCAAGCCAAACCCAUUGUACGUUUACAAAAAGCCGACCUGUUACUUAGUUAUCUUGCGAAUUUGGCUACUGUGUUGGCGCACAAUUCAACUUGUAAGAAAAAGGAUCAUAUCGAGGGAAAAAUAUCAACAAAGAAAACAGUUUAUGUUGUCUUCGCCACACUGCUGAUUGAGAAGUUAGCACAAGUAUUGUUCGACCCAUACGUGAUCGAGGACAAACUGUUACCGCAUAUUGUUAACUUUUGUACGAUUGUCAAGGAAACCGAUAAGGAACCAGAUAUAUUCCCGGGCACUCCUGAGAGCACUUUAGGGGCUCUACUCUCGCUUUUGUGGAAUUAUUUAGAAAAUGAGGAGGUAAAAUUUAUAAUGCGUAAGCUUGCGAAUGCUUUGCUGUCGACCUAUACUCACACACAUGUUGGUCUGGAUUACGAGAAGCAAAAAAGUGCCAUAAACGUAUUCACCUGCUUGUGUAGGCAUAUGCAAACGCGUAAAACGUAUCUGGAAUAUAAGUUCUUCAAAAAACAUUGUUUGGCUUUGCUAAUGUAUAUACGGCCACCAGAAUAUAAGUUCAUGCAGCAGCUGGUGCCCGACUCCAUUGCAUGGACGGAAGGUAUUGGCGGCCCAAAGCAGAAAUACCUUUCGCAAGUGGAUAGAAUUACGAAAGCAACCGAAAGUCUUUAUAAUGUGCAGAAAAAUCUGUUAAUACUACUUUUCACUAAUACGGAUGGAGACGAAUUGACGCCGUCGAGUCGAAAAAUAUUUAUAUCCAAGUUGCGCCGCUACGUUAUGGAUCUUAGUAUGGAGCAGAGACCUUUCCAUUCGUUCUUCCUUAUGCAAUCUAGCAUAAUGCAUCCGAUCGAGUCCACAGUGGCACUCUCAUUUAUUUGCAUGCUCAUAGAUGCCACACGAACACUGUUCGAACGUGAAUUGCCUGCAACACAAGCGGAAAUCAAACCGGACUACUUCUUUGAUGGCACUUUUGAAUAUCAACAUUUCGAUCGUGUAGGCGGUGUGUUGUCUCAUUUACGAAAAGUACAUCGUAACGAUAUAACAACAUAUUUGGGUGCGGAGCGUACGCAAGUGUUGCUACAAGAAGAUCGUACCGUGAUGCGAGUUGGAGAGUUGGUUGAUCCCAGCAUGUUUUUAACAACAACAAACCUUAACAAUAUUGCGGUUGUUGGUCCGCAAGGCCCCUCUGCAACUUUUACACAUUUCUUUAAUCCACGUUUGAAUCCAUUGCCAGAAGCUUCGCCGGGUAAUUGUGAUGCAGAGAGUUCGCUAUCAGAGUUAUUUGAUAUUUGUGUGCUCUACUAUUAUUCGCUGGGACAUAAGUACACUGUAAAGAUUUCAUCAGUACGAGAUGAAAUAGCUGCCUUAAAUGAAGUUCUGCGCGAAACCAAAUUCUAUCGCGAAGAUGUUGAACGCAAGCUGAAGGUGUUGGAAGAACAUGCGAGCGUUUGUAUGAAUGAAAAUCAUUGUAAUAUUGUUACGGAUUUAAAACAGAAAUUUAGUCAACGCGAAAAUGUCUUUGCAAAGCGUUCUAUUGAGUUGGCGCGCAAGCAGGCGUGGUAUCGCGCUGUAGCGCUGGGGAAACAUCGUCGUAUGACCAUUGUGUGGUUUCUGGAAAGAACUCUGCGUACUUUGGAUGCGUGCUCACAAUUGGGGCCAUUGUUCUCUUUUGUACCUGAAGUGUAUAUAAAUAUACUACCCAUUUUACUGGAUACAGUUAUGGAUUUUAGUCAUCAUGAUCUGCAUGUACAGUUUGAACUAAGUGAUGCCGAAUGUGCUGUCAAUGCGUCAGCUGAAUUUCUAGGCUUACAUUCCGCUGAUCCUCGCAUCAUCUUGGCUUCAUGCAAGGAUUCGUUACUGCAGGCUCUUGGCACGUUGACCUGUCAUAAAACUGGUGUUCGUGCUCUGGAACAGUCACCAAAGAAAAGCCAAAAUGCGUUGGUUAAAUCGCUCUUGCGUCCCUAUGAAAAUCGCGCUUGGGGUCAAAGUAAUUGGUUGCUUUUGCGUUUUUGGCUUGGUGAUGGCUUUGGCUAUCGCGAUUCCCGACAGCCCAGCAUCUGGCAAGGCGGUAAUCAGCCUGUACAAAUAGGACUUUGUCGUAGUCGUGCCAAAAAUGAGACGCAUACCGGUCUACUACAUCACAUUGCGCCUGCAAAUGCUUCGAGACAUUUUCAGAAAUUGAUUGGACAGAAGUUGGCCGAAGAUGAGCCACUCGCGACGGCUUUUCUCAAUUCGGUGCUGAGUCAAUUGAAUUGGGCAUUUUCGGAGUUUAUACUGCUCUUGCAGGAGAUACAAAAUACUGCACACCGACAAGAGAAUGCCGUUUUCGAGCCAAAACAGCUAAAAAUUUGUUCAAUGUGUUUCGAACUGACUGUCUCAUUAAUGCGUUGCUUAGAAAUGAUAAUCACAAUUGCGCCGGAAAUAUUUCAGGAACCUACACGCUCCAAUAGUGAUUUGAUAUUGAAUCGUGUGUGCCAAUUAAUCAGUCAAGUUUUAUCACGUGUCACAGUGCCACCAGGUUGCUUUCAAUUCAUAGUCGAUAUGUGCUCGUCUGAUUUGAAUUCUGUUACCCACUUUCCCAUCAUUACCGCAGCGCUAGGUAUUUUGUUGGCAUUGCUGCGCUCAGAACUUGACACAGAUCGUAAUCCACAAAAGGUGACGCGCCUCACACGUGCUCUUCUCACCGAUCCCAGCUUUCAGUUUGCCAAUUUGGAGUUCGCUUUAGGUGAAAUAAAAACCCCAAUAUUACAACAAGCUGAAAUACCGCGUGGUAAUUUUGAUCCGCAAACUCGCGCACACAUCGAUCCACUAACAAAUGAUGUACGCGUACCAAUGCCAUCGACAUCAACGAAGAGAAUACGCGCCGAUCCACCAAUAAUAAAAUUUGCGCUCUCUGAUUAUCCCACGCAUGUAACUCCGCUGGAAAUUGAUGAGGUACGCCGCCUCAUCGAUAUGCUACGCUUAAAGCAAUCACUGCUUUCAGACAUUACACUGCCUUCCGAGGACUCACUCUGUCCAAUAUGUUGCGCUAAACCAAUUGCCGUUAUUUUCACGCCCUGCAAACAUCAAUCGUGUAGCAAUUGUAUUAUGCAACAUUUGUUGAACUCGAAAGUGUGCUUCUACUGCAAGACACUUAUCAAAACUAUCGAAACCAACGAAGGCACAGUCAUUUAUAACAACAACGAAUAUACAUCAGCGCCCACAUUCUAUGAGAUUUAGUUAGUUUGUGCGCCAACUACUACUACUACACACACACACACAUACAUACAUCAAACAACUGUAACCCACCUUGAUUCUAGUCAAACCAUUGUGACAUCUUUAACUGUAUUACUACAAACAUACAACUAAACUGCCUAAAAUUAUAUCCUUGAAAAUGUUUACCAAAGUUACAAAUUUUACAAAAAUGAAAAAAGAGAUGCAUUUGUUUUAGCUUUAAAUAUUAUUGUGAUACGCCUUAUUGUUCGAACAAACACACUUACACUUGCCACACAAAGACGCAAGCACGCUUCGCGAAUGCAAUUAAAGCAGUUUCAAUUUGUUUUACUGCACUUUAAUAGCACGUUCAAGAGCAAUUUAUAUAAGCAAUUUUAAAGACAUUUUUAUAUUUUAUAAUCAUUGCAAGCCAAUUAGCAAAAUUCAAAAUUUUAAUAGAAAAUAAUAAACAAAUUAAAAAAUAAAAAACUUGCUUUUCUGCUUAUGCAUAAGGCGGACA